CGUUAAAAAUGCUUCACUUGACUGAUAUUCACUUGGAUUUAUCGUAUACUCCGGGCUCUAACUCGACGUGUGGUGAACCCGUUUGUUGUCGACCAGACUCUCCGCGAGAUCACGACGACAGACAUACCGCCGGCUAUUGGUCUCAGACCAUGUGGUCCUGCGAUUGUCCGCUCAAUUUCGCCGACGAUUCCAUCAAACAUAUGGGCGACAAUCAUAAGGACGUGGAUCUCAUCAUUUGGACGGGAGAUAACGUACCGCACGACGUGUGGGAGACAUCAGUUGAACACAACAUCGCACACAUUAAGGCCAUGACUGAUGCCCUGAAGAAGGCAUUCCCAAACACACCGGUGUUUCCCUGUCUCGGCAAUCAUGAACCUCAUCCCGUCAAUAUGUAUGUUCCCAACGCCCUAACAGUUGAAACCCAGGGUAAGGUUUCUAUGGGAUGGCUGUACGACACACUCGCCGACGAUCUAUGGAAACAAUGGAUAGACACGGAGUCGGCGAAGAAGGCCUUC